CCACCAUAGUAAAGACGUAGAAGAAAUCAACUUCUGGUCCUUUCGAGCCUCGAAUCGUCGCUCCACGCGGUUUUCAGGUGACCCGGGUAUGGCCAUGCAAGUUCAUGCACUACGGCCAGUAUACGUAUACCGGUACGAAGUUCAGUCAUAACCUCCAAGGCGCAUUCACCCCCUAUAUCGGCUUCAUAUCGCCAGUACAGACCGUCGAUUAUCGUCAGGACCGAAUCGCUUAUCCAUACUGUCGAUUCUACGUGCUUCUUCAACCUUCAGUUCUCUUUCUUCGGCCGCCGACGCGUCUAGCGACAUCGCAACACCGGCGAAAUGUCGGCAACAACGGGCAACAACGAGCCCGUCAUCAAACAAGAGAACCCAGGACAACAGCCUCCACCACAGCAAUAUGCGCCUCCUCCCCAGCAGGUCCAGCACUCCGUCCCACAAAUGCAAUACCAUCAACAAAUGAUGAUGCAAGCAAGUGCCAUGACACCAAAACGCCCAGGCGAGACAGACGAAGGAGCAAACAAGCGGCCAAGGCUGGAUUUACAGUUACCGCCGGGGACACCGUUAGCAGGGCCUAUGCAUGGACAGCAUAUGGUAGGAACGCCGCAGCAGAUGAGUGCGCCCGGUAUGCCAGGCAUGCCUGGUACACCGAUGGGAACACCGAUGGGGCCACCUAUGGGUAUGCCUCGAGCAGGAGGACCCGGACCUGGUACACCGGGCGGUAUGCCCCAUCAUAUCGCACCCUGGGCUUUCCCCCCCGCUGGCCACACCCCAGGCGCCGGCCCUCGCGGCAUGCCACCACCCCAAACCCCCAAAACCGAAGAUCCCCUCGACUCCAAAGACAAAUUCCAAGACGCGCUCUUCACCGCUGGAAUCGACAUCAGAGCCGAAGAGCAGGCGCUCGCGAAUCAGAAUAUGAUUCCUGGGGGUGGUGGGUACAUGCAGCAGCAGCAGUAUAACCCUUACGCAUAUCAACAGCAGAAUCGAGAGCGGCAGAGUGAUUUCUUGAAUUCCACGCCGAUGAUUCAUUUACUUAACGGGACGGCGACAGCACACGCACUCAAGAGUAUCGACCCAGACGUUCCGGCACUCCUGGCACUCGCUGUGAAGGAGCGGUUAUCGAGUCUCAUCACUUCCAUGGCAGCCCUAGAAAAACAUCGCACAUCCGGCCCUGUAAACCCAGGCCCAUCACCCGAAGCCCGGGCACUGGCAGCAUUGGCAAACAAAGAACGCGCAGAUGAAGAACGCCGACUCGUACUCCUCGAAUCCCGAAAACAAGAAGAAGAAACCCGACAAGCACAAGCCGUUCUCGAAGGAACCGCAACCCCAACUACCGAAGGCGAGAAGCCCAAGAAACCCCGGAAGAGUUUGGUGCCGGGUGGAAGAGGCACCCCCGUAAACGAAGAAGCCCAAACCCGCCUAGCAAACGCAACAGCCUCCGCAAUGUCCGGCUCCCGCGGGAAAAAAUACGCAUGGAUGACAUCCUCCGGCGCCAUCACCCCCGGUUCUUCUGCCAACCGUCGGAAGCUUGCGCCGGCGAAGAAGGGAGGGUUGGGGGAGGGGGGAAAGGGGUAUGAGGAGACGAAGGGGUUGAUUACGAUGAAGGAUGCGCUUUUGGCGCUGGAGGGGGAAAGGGAUGGCGAGGGGGGAGGAGGGGGGAUCGGGGUGCAGAAGGUCGUUAUGAGGGGCUAUUCAAGGUUGAGAUAGGAUGAUGGCGCGCAUUCGUAAUCGGGGCAGAACACUUACCAUUACGACUAUACUACCAUCAUUGUA